GGGACGCAGCCCGACGGAAAGGGGAAAAGGAGGGCGCGAGGGCGCCAGCAGCCAGCCCGUCCGGAGACCCACAGAUGUGCACAGAGUUUCUCCCCUCUUUGCUCUGAACUUCCUGUCAGGAUGCUUUUCUCUGGUGGGCAGUGUGGCCAUGUUGGCAGACCUGAAGAAGUUUUACUGACAUACAAGAUAUUCCUUGUCAUCAUUUGCUUUCAUGUCAUUUUGGUUACAUCCCUAAAAGAAGACGCUGGUAAUUCCAGUUUGCUAUCACCAUCUGAUGCUGCUUCAGAAGUGUUGACUUUAAACAAAACAGAAAAAACUAAAAUCACUAUAGUAAAAACCUCCAAUGCAUCAGGAGUCAAAUCCCAGAGAAAUAUCUGCAAUUUGUCAUCUAUUUGCAAUGACUCAGUGUUUUUUAGAGGUGAGAUAGUGUUUCAAUAUGAUGACGACCACAAUGUGACCCAGAAUCAAGAUAUAGCUAAUGGCACCUUGCCUGGAGUCCGGUCUCUAAGUGAGUUGAAGCGAUCAGAGCUCAACAAAACUCUACAGACCUUAAGUGAGACUUACUUUAUUGUGUGUGCUACAGCAGAGACCCAAAACACGCUAAACUGUACAUUCACAAUAAAACUGAAUGAGACAGCGAAUGUGUGCACCAUGAUGGCUACUUUCGAAACUGUACAGAUUUGGUCACUGGAGCAGUGCUGCUGUUCUCUUGGGACUCCCUGUCCUUCCUCACCAGAAGAAUUAGAAAAACUGCAGUGCGAACUGCAGGAUCCCGUUAUCUGUCGUGCUUAUCAGCCACAUGGCCCACCGUUAUCUUCUUCCAGCAAGCCCGUGCCAGUUAUGCCUCAGGCCACCAUUUUUUCCCACGUUACUAGUGACUUGUCUUUGCCUGAACCCCUUGACCAUGCCUCUGUGACCCCAAGCACACCCUCUCUGGCACAAGAGCAUCACCUUGCAUCUCCCCAGCCUGCAUCCCCGCUGGCUUCCAGUCCUGCCAUUGGCAUGCCUGUUCAGCCUGGCGCUGCCUCUUCCUCUUUGCCCCACACUGACCUUUCCCACACCCUGUCACCUGCGCAGUCCACCCUUCUCCCUCUCACCACACCAGCUCCAUCUGUUCCUGAGAAAGUCGUCACCUCCAGCAUACCUCCUGCUGACACAGAAGUUGGCAACAGCAGCAGUGUUCCUGAUCUUGAAGCCCAAGUCUCACAGAUGGAGAAAGUGUUGUCCUUGGGAAGCAUAGAACCUAACCUUGCAGGCGAAAUGAUAAACCGCGUCAGCAAACUCCUUCACUCUCCACCUGCCUUGCUAGCCCCUCUGGCUCAAAGGUUGCUAAAAGUGGUAGAUGACAUUGGCUUACAGCUGAGAUUUUCAAAUACAACUAUCAGUCUAACUUCCCCUUCUCUGGCUCUUGCCGUGGUCAGAGUGAAUGCCAGUAACUUCAAUACAACGACCUUUGCAGCCCAAGAUCCUGAAAACCUUCAGGUUUCUUUGGAAACCCAGGCUCCUGAGAAUAGCAUUGGUGCCAUUACUCUGCCUUCAUCAUUGAUGAGUAAUUUGCCAGCUAAUGAGGUAGCAUUGGCUUCCAGGGUUCAGUUCAAUUUCUUUGAAAAACCUACCCUGUUUCAGGACCCCUCCCUGGAGAACCUGUCUCUGAUCAGCUAUGUCAUAUCAUCAAGUGUUGCGAAUAUGACUAUCAAGAACUUAACAAGAAACGUGACAGUCAUGCUGAAACACACCAACCCAAGUCAGGAUGACUUAACCGUGAAAUGUGUCUUCUGGGACUUGGGCAGAAAUGGUGGCAGAGGAGGUUGGUCAUCCGAUGGCUGCUCCAUCAAAGACAAGAGGCUGAAUGAAACCAUCUGUACCUGUAGCCACCUUACAAGUUUUGGCAUCCUAAUGGACCUAUCUCGGACAUCCUUGCCACCAAGUCAAAUGAUGGCUCUGACAUUUAUCACAUAUAUUGGCUGUGGGCUUUCAUCAAUUUUUCUGUCAGUUACUCUUGUAACCUACAUAGCCUUUGAAAAGAUCCGGAGGGAUUACCCUUCCAAAAUCCUCAUCCAGCUAUGUGCUGCCCUGCUUCUGCUCAAUCUGGUCUUCCUGCUAGAUUCCUGGAUUGCUCUGUAUAAUACCCGAGGUUUCUGCAUCUCUGUGGCUGCAUUUCUUCACUACUUCCUCUUGGUCUCAUUCACAUGGAUGGGCUUAGAAGCAUUCCACAUGUACCUGGCACUUGUCAAGGUGUUUAAUACAUACAUCCGAAAGUACAUCCUUAAAUUCUGCAUUGUUGGCUGGGGGAUACCAGCUGUGGUUGUGACCAUCAUCCUGACUAUAUCCCCAGAUAAUUAUGGGAUUGGAUCCUAUGGAAAAUUCCCCAAUGGCACACCAGAUGACUUUUGCUGGAUCAACAGCAAUGCUGUGUUCUAUAUCACAGUUGUGGGCUAUUUCUGUGUGAUAUUUUUACUGAACAUCAGCAUGUUCAUUGUCGUCUUGGUUCAGCUCUGUCGAAUUAAAAGGAAGAAGCAACUGGGAGCACAGCGCAAAACUAGCAUUCAAGACCUCAGGAGUAUUGCUGGCCUCACGUUCUUACUGGGAAUUACUUGGGGCUUUGCCUUCUUUGCCUGGGGACCAGUUAAUGUCGCCUUCAUGUAUCUCUUUGCUAUCUUUAACACCUUACAAGGGUUCUUCAUAUUCAUCUUUUACUGUGCAGCAAAAGAGAAUGUCAGAAAACAGUGGAGGCGGUAUGUUUGUUGUGGAAAAUUACGGCUGGCUGAAAAUUCUGACUGGAGUAAAACUGCUACUAAUGGUUUAAAGAAGCAGACUGUAAACCAAGGAGUAUCCAGCUCUUCAAAUUCCUUACAGUCAAGCUGUAACUCCACUAACUCCACCACACUACUAGUGAAUAAUGAUUGCUCAGUGCACGCAGGCGGGAAUGGCAAUGCAUCUACAGAGAGGAAUGGGGUUUCUUUCAGCGUGCAGAAUGGAGACGUGUGCCUUCACGACCUCACAGGGAAACAGCACGUGUUCGCUGACAAAGAUUCCUGCAACGGUAAAGGCCGGGUGGCGCUCAGAAGGACUUCAAAGCGGGGAAGCUUGCACUUCAUUGAGCAAAUGUGAUCCUCCUCUUCUCAAAUCAAAGCACGAUGUUGAUGGUGUGAAGUGUCCAGUUUUCCUUUUACACAAUGUGAGAUGUAUGAAAAUCAGCUUGUUUUCUCCUCAGCAACCUCUAAAGGAACAUAAGCUAAUUGAGGGCAAUGGUUGACUAUCGGAAGAAGAAACCAUGGCAUAAUUACGGUCUUUAGACAUUUGCAAUUUGGUUUCUUAUCUUUCAUUUGAAAGAAGAUUGAUGUUAAAACCACAGAAUAAGAUCUAGGAAAAGAAAAAUGAAUGUUCAUUUCUAGUCACAUUUUAAAGAGGGUGUUUUCCCUGAUAACAUCCUAGAAAAAAAAAUGUUUACUUCAGUCUGUCAGUGAGUUUAAUUGUGCAUGCCUUUGUUGUACAUAAGCUAAAUUCUAGUGACUUACAUGUCAAAAAUCUUAUCUCUAACUUUUUUAUAUUUAUUUUCUACUGUGUAAAUUUAUUCUUUUGUAGAAUCAUGAUUGCAUCAUUUUAUCUAAUGUGAUAACUUACUGAUUCAGUGAAUUCUAACCCUCCUUUGGGAGAUCAUAUAGGAUGUGAAAUUCAGAAACGUUGCUGAAAUCAAGAAAUAAUGAUAAAGGCAGACUGAACGAUUAUAAGCAGACGGUGCCACAGUUAGCUCAGAAAGUGCCUUUGAGUGGUCAAGAAAAGGUGUUCACACUGGGCAAACACAGCAUUAUGAGCUUAUGGUUUGGGAAACAGUGGGGCCACAUUGUAGCCCUAAUCAUCAUCUUGCAUACACGCUUAUGCAGAGGAUGACUUGUGUGACCAUAUUUGACACUUAAUGACAAUGCCCAUGCCUGGACUUCAUCCUUAAUGAUCAGAUUACAGAAUCUGCAUUAAGAUGUGUAGUUUAAUACCAUGGUCAUUGAGGAUAAAACUGUAAUCUAAACCAUGUCAGGAAGAUUGUGAAGGUGGAAAAUAUAUACACUGCCACUUCUCAAAUACCUAGAGCCUUUCCAAAGGGGGGGAUCAGAGUAGGAUUACUUUUCAAGAGUGUAUAUAUGGCAAACAAAUCAGUUCUUUAAAAGACAGCUGCAUGGUACAUUAUUGUUACACCCGCUGCAUUCUGGUCCUGUCCCAUUUGUAUGUAUUUUUAAAAACAUGUCAAAUCUUGAAGAAUGUACAGUGACAAGGGGGAGGGGUGGGCAGCUACUGGGAAUAAUGAACUAUCCUGUGAUAUUGUAUAUCACGGUUGGAUCUAUAUAUCCAACUCUGAUUGUUCCUAGUUAUAGAAGGUCUAUCCUGCUUCUCAUCUAUACCUGCUUGAGUGAUGCCUCUAGUACAGUAUAUUCUUAAUAGGAACAUUUCCAAUUCUUCUAGUCAGAUCUUCCACUAAGGUUCCCUUGCAUAUAUUUCAAGUAAAUGUUGUAUCCCAGACUAAUCACAGUAGGAAUGUAUGUUUCUGUGUGUGCUCAUUUGUCUUUGCAAAAUUGCUUCUCCAAAUUAUUUAAUUAUUUUGUAUUUAUAUGUUACAAUCGACAAAAAUAAAUUUGCAGUUAAGACCUUUAA